GCCAUUUAAAUUAUUUAUGCUUUUAAAUAAAUUAAUGUGUGGUAUCACUUGCUAAUCUUUAUUUUAGGAAAUGCUGUCCUUCUGGGAUGUGGCCAUCGAGUUCUCUCCGGAAGAGAGGGAAUGUCUGGAGCCUGCUCAGUGGAAUCUGUACAGGGAUGUGAUGUUGGAGAAUUACAGCCACCUUGAGUUCCUGGGUCUUGCUGUCCCUAAGCCACACCUGGUGACAUUUCUGGAGCAAAGACCAGAGCCUUCAGAUGGGGAGAGACAAGCAGCAGCCACCGUGCACCCAGGAACAAUACCUGAAGAUUUUAGCAUUUUCUCUGAGACCAUUGAUUAUAACUCACUAUACAUUCAAUGCCGGAGAAUUCGUACAAGGGAGAAACCUUACAAGUGUGAAAAAUGUGGUAAGGCCCUUAGUUCUUCUAAAGCACUUUCCAUACACCAGAGACUUCACACUGGAGAAAAACCCUACACGUGUAAAGAAUGUCACAAGGCCUUCAAUACUCGCUCAUCACUUUUUAUACACCAGAAAGAUCAUACUGAUGAAAAAACCUACAAGUGUGGAGACUGUGGCAGAUCAUUUUACUAUCUUUCAAUGCUGAAACAACAUCAAAGGAUUCAUUCUAGAGAGAAAUCCUACAAAUGCAAAGCAUGCGGCAGUUGUUUCUUCUCGUUUUCAUGCCUUAGACAACAUCAAAGAAAACAUACUAGAAAGAAUUCAUACAAGUUCCUUAUACCUGUGUACACUGUGGCAAAUUCUAGGGCUCUUCGGGAUCAUCAAACAGUUCACACUGGAGAGAAGCCCUUCAAGUGUGAUGAAUGUCACAAAGCCUUUCAUUAUCACUCAUCCCUGAAGACACACAAGAGAGUUCAUAUGGAAGAGAAACCCUACAAGUGUGAACAGUGUGACAAAGCAUUUCAUUAUCACUCCUCCCUUUGGAGACACAAGAAAGUUCAUAAUGGAAAGACAUCCUAUAAGUGUAAGAAGUGUGACAGAUGUUUUAACUCAUCUGUAUCCCUUAGAGAACAUCAAACAAUCCAUUCUGAAGAAACUUGUCAUACCUGUGUACACUGCAGCAAAAGGUUUUCAAAGUCAAGAUAUCUUCAGGAUCACCAAAGAGUUCAUACUGGAGAGAAACCAUACAAUUGUGAAGAAUGUCACAAAACCUCUCAUUGUAAUUCAUCCCUUAGAAAUCAUAAGAGAGUUCAUACUGGAGAGAAACCCUACACGUGUUGAGAAUGUCACAAAACCUUUCAUCAUAACUCAUCUCUUAGUAGACACAAGAGACUUCAUCCUGGAGAGAAACCCUACAAAGGUGCAGACUGUGACAGAUGCUUUUCCUCAACUUCAUCCUUUUUAUGACAUAAAAGAAAUACUCAU